UCUAUUUUUGGAAAUUCACCCUUAAUCUCUUCUCUUUAUAUAAACGAGACUCAUGAAUUAGUUGUAAAAUAUAUUAAAGAAAGCCAUGGCGGUUCGUAAUUUCCUUCUUCUUCUUCUUCUUGGGCUCUUCGUCAUCCUCUCCCUUUCACAGGUAUCUUCUGAUGGCUACCCAGAAGAAGGGAUGAUGGAGAUGGAAUAUGAUGAGAAAGUGAUGAGAGGGACAAACAGAAGGCUGAUGCAAAACAUAAACUGUGGAUGGGAAUGCAAGCGGCGUUGCGGGGCGCACUCGAGGCCAAAUCGGUGCAUAAGAGCGUGCGGGACGUGCUGCUCACGAUGCAAAUGCGUGCCAUCAGGAACGUCAGGCAACCGUGAGAUGUGCGGCACUUGCUACACCAACAUGACCACACAUGGCAACAAAACCAAGUGCCCUUGACAACCAUCAUCGACUGCAUUAUCCUUUUUAGUCCACUCGGUUGUUUAAUCUUUUGAGUUUCUUCUUCUUCUUUGAUGUAUGGUUAGAAUGAGCCGCAAGAAGCUAAAUACAUUUUGGGAUGCACCGGAUUAUUGUUGAAACUCUUCUAUGCCUCCCAAUUUCCUUUUUGUUUUAUAUUUUCAUGUUACUAUGCUUCCAUUUACAUUAUUAGUUUUUGAAACUACAUUUCCAUAUCAAA